GAUAAGUAUAGCUGCAACCAUGUGAGCUGAGAUACGAAACCUUGCCUUUUUUUGUGUUCUUUUUGGUCUUUUGGGUUGCAAAGUGUAGGAUUAAGCAAGCUGCAGGCCUAGCCAUUUGGAUGUUGUUUGUUUCAUUGACCGUCUGUUUACCUUAACCUGCAUUUAAACGUUCAAAAUAUCGGUGCAUCACCUUUGGUAAAGACAUCUGUCAAAUGAAUCGUUGCGCCUGCGUACAUAAUAUAAACACAACAAUUAUCAUCACUGCUUUGUCUGUGGCCAUGGCACUCAUUUUGAUUUUGGAUUUUGGUGUUAUUGGCACUUGUUUAGCAUUGCAUACCCCUUUAACCUUGUGUCAAAUAUGAAAGACAAAUUCUACUUGAAUCCGAACAAUGAAAAAAAUGGUAUAAAUCCCUGGGGACCAGCUGAUGUCGUUAAUUGCACUUUAGUUGUCCUGUGGUCUUCAGGGAUAUCACAGUUAAUGACUGGGUAGCGUAUUAAAACCCACAGAUAGUAAGCAGUCGUUCAGUGUGACUUCUGGAGUGCAGGACAGAGCUGCUUUUCUUCCAGCAUGGAAUCACAGCCCACGUACUGUAGGAACAGGUAACAACACAGAUAACCGGACCUGUGACAUUGAAAACACUCAAUGACAAAAGGACAGCAUUUGAAGACAAAAAAAAAAUCCUUAUAUUUAAAACUAUGAGGCUAUUGGCCCCAUAAGCACUGAGAAUCUAUUCUGUACUUUUUACCAUUCUGCAAAUUAAGGAGUAAAAACAUUUACAAAGCAUGAUUUGCACAUCUUUUAAUACGUAAUUUCAAGAAAGAAUGCAAUUAUUUAUAUAGUUUUUCUCUUCAGCUUUUGAAAGAAACUGAUGGAAAAUAUAUCCUAUUGCAAAAUGUUUUCUCUCUCAAAACCCAAAGCUUCGGUGGCUCUUAAACAUAUUUUUUUUGCUUUAUCGCUUAUUCUCUACGUUUUGAUUAUCAUAGUAAAUUUUAUGCUGAUAGUUAUUAUCCUCCUAGAAAAAACUCUCCAUAAACCCAUGUAUAUCUUCCUGUGUAAUCUAUGUAUUAACGGAUUGUAUGGAACAGCUGGUUUCUACCCUAAAUUUCUAUUUGACUUAUUUUCAGAUUCUUUUGAGAUUUCAUACAGUGCAUGCUUCUUGCAAGCUUUUGUGAUUUAUUCCUCUGCUUUGUGUGAACUUGCAACAUUAACGGUCAUGGCUUAUGACAGGUACAUUGCUAUAUGCAGGCCUUUAAACUAUCACUCAAUCAUGACAAAUACCCUUCUUGUAAAAUUGCUUCUAUUUUCCUGGAUUUUCCCUGCUUUCUCUUAUGGCGGAGCUCUACUGAUUACAAAUACUAUGUCAUUAUGUGGAUCCCACAUUGAUAAAUUUUAUUGUGACAACUUGCUUAUAAUGAAGCUGUCAUGUAAAUCCACUGACACUCAUAAAAGUUAUGGACUCAUUUGUACCGUAAUUUAUGUCUUGAUGGUACUUUUCAUAAUUUAUUCCUAUUGCACAUUGAUUUCUAGUUGUAGAAAAUGUGCAGAGAGCAAAAACAAGUUUAAGCAAACCUGUGUGCCACAUUUACUUUCCUUAGUUAAUUUCGCAUUUGCUUUACUUUUUGAUACAAUGUACAGUCGAUAUGGAUCAAGAGAUUUCUCACAGGAUCUAUACAACUUCCUGACCUUAGAAUUUCUGAUAAUCCCACCUGUUCUCAAUCCUAUUAUUUAUGGAUUAAAACUGACGGAGGUUCGUAAAAGAGCCCUCAGAGUGUUUAUAAAUGUGAAAGUGACAGACUCUAAAUGAAAAGGAGAAACUCACUGCUUUAUGUGAAUUUGUGAAUGUGAAUUUGUAGUCUCCAUGUGAUUCAUAUUUUACCCUUAUAUAAUUUGGAUAGAAAGGCAUUGCUUGGAUAUCUGCAAAGUACUGUAAAAAAUAUGGUUCAAUGUAUCCUCAAUAUGGGAACCCUAUGUGAUUUCUUAUU